AUGGGUGGUAUAACAUCAGAAUAUAGAGGUGUUAGAAAAAGGAAAUGGGGUAAAUGGGUGUCCGAAAUCCGUGAGCCAGGAAAGAAAACGAGGAUAUGGCUAGGGAGUUUUGAGACAGCGGAGAUGGCGGCGGCUGCAUAUGAUUCAGCUGCAUUUCACCUCAGGGGACAUGCAGCUAAGUUAAAUUUCCCAGAGUUGAUUGAACAUUUCCCUAAACCAGCAAGUUCUUCCCCUGAAGAUAUACGUUUGGCUGCACAACAGGUUGCAAUUACAGUUCAAAACACAAAUUUCAUGGCUUCUACUAGUCAUGGCCAUGAAGCACCAGUUACAGUAGGACUAUCUCCAACACAAAUUCAAGCUAUUAAUGACUUUCCUAUGGAUUCACCAAAUAUGUGGACUACUCAUGAAGACAUAAACUUUACUUAUGAAAUGAGUGAUUACCAAGAAAUGGAUGAUUGUCUUUGGGAUUACUCAUCAACUAACUCAUUUUAG